AAACAGAAGACGAAUCUGUCAAUUGGAUCCACCGUUCAGCACUGUCUUCACUCCUUCUCUUCCCUAUUUUCACCUUUCGCAACAACAUCAUGCAGUUAUAGCAGUAAGAACUAUCCGCGCUCACCGCGCCAGAACCAGGCCGACGUCCGUCUGUCCUCUCCGGGUCUCUUCCUGGCUACUUCGCCCGGCUUUUUAAUUGUUGAGCUCUCCCCGAUAACAUCCUGCAGAGAUGUCCCGCAAUGGUGGCUCUGUUGUCGGCCUCCUGUCCUACGAGACGCUGGUCCAUGCGGUGGCAGGUGCAACGGGGAGUGUGACAGCCAUGACAGUCUUCUUCCCUUUGGAUACAGCUAAAAGCAGAUUGCAGGUGGAUGAUAAAAGAAAAGCCCAGUCCACUCCUGUCAUUUUGGCUGAAAUUGCAAAAGAAGAGGGCUUUUUGGCUCUGUACAGAGGCUGGUUUCCAGUUAUCUCCAGCCUUUGCUGCUCCAACUUUGUCUACUUCUACACUUUCAAUGCACUGAAGAAAGUGGCUGCAUCUGGACCAGGCAAGCCCAGACCCAGUAAAGACCUGCUGAUGGGGAUGGUAGCAGGCGUGGUGAAUGUGAUCCUGACUACUCCCAUGUGGGUCGUCAACACCCGGCUGAAGCUGCAGGGAGUGAGGUUCAGAAACGAAGACCUCCACCAAACCCAUUACAGAGGCAUAUUCGAUGCUUUCUCGCAGAUCAUUGCCAACGAGGGCGUGGGAACACUGUGGAACGGCACUCUGCCCUCUCUGAUUCUCGUCCUCAACCCGGCUGUGCAGUUCAUGAUUUAUGAAGCCAUGAAGAGGAAGGCGGGCAAGGGCGGCCAAAAGAUAUCCUCAGCAAAGAUCUUUCUCAUUGGAGCAAUCGCCAAGGCAAUCGCUACCACAGCAACGUACCCACUCCAAACCAUCCAGGCCAUUCUGAGGUUCGGUCAGUAUAGAGGCGACGGCAAAGGAGGCCUGAUAGGGAGCGUCUCCAGCAUUUUCUUCCUGUUCAUGGACCGGAUCAAGAAGCACGGCUUUCUUGGGUUAUACAAAGGCUUGGAGGCCAAGCUGCUGCAGACGGUGCUGACGGCUGCCCUGAUGUUUGUGGUUUAUGAGAAGAUCACAGCGGCUACCUUCAGACUCAUGGGCCUGAGUAAAAAGCUGAAGCACUGAGAGGUUCUGCUUGAAUGUACAGAUUUAAUCGGUGCCUGCUACUGAUUUAUAUAACGCUUGGAUGUGUGUUAUUGUCUUGCCUAACUGGAGUUGGACUUGACUGACUUCUGGGCAUUCAUAACAUAUUUAUCCAAACCACUGGUGGCUUUCUAACACACAAUGGCAUCUGGGCUUUAACUUUAUGACAACUUCCAUCUAUGCAGAUUAUUUUUUUAUUUUGCUUCCACAGUAGAGCCUUCCUAAACAUCUGCUAUAUUACUGUUUUGUAAUAGUUAAUACAAGUGAGUAUUAACUAAAUAAAACCAACUACUAGAUACGUACUUAACGAAAAAAGAAAAUCAAAUACUGUUUACAAGCCUUCCUCAAGAAAAAAAAAACUAACUAUUACUAGUUAGUACUAGGCGAGGACCAAUUCUGUUUAAUCUGAAAAGGGCCAGUCUUGCUGUUUUUGAUAUAUUUAAAGACCUAUAAUUAAUGUCUGUAUUAUAAGAGGUAAUUUAAGGGAGUAAUAAUUAUUUGUGGUCUUAUUUUAUGGCACUGGAUCUUUUCUUAACUUGUGCUUUAAGAUGUGAAACUAUCCAGUUUACAUUUCCUGCUUAGAAAAAUACUGCUAAAAAUAGUAGAUGCAGUGUGGAUGUCAAUGUCAUGAAUUAGCUUUGAUAUCUGUGAUGGUUUUUAACUAAAUUAAUGGUUCAAUGCACUUUGCCAGAUCAGCAGUUUUGACAGAAAUCACUUCAUUUUUUCUUUAACAGUGCAAGUAUUUAAAGCUAAUAUUUACAGACGUGGAGGUCAGAGCUAAUUGUACUCAAGUGCCUCGGAGCUUUGGAAGUAUGCGGGGUUACCAUGGAAAUGGUUUUCUAUCCUCUGAGCAUUUUGUCUUCCAUUAUUUAAGGUUUCCUGGUGCUACAGCCGCAUGUAUCACAAUGUGCUCUCGCUCUCUGACUGUAAUACUUGUUUCAUGAUGUUUCUUUGUACAGAGCUGAAGUCUAAUAGAAAUACAUAAAUCCAAACAAGACAAAAGAACACAUUUGGAUAAUUAUUACAUUAAAUCACGUGUGUCAGUUACUGUCUUACUUAUUUUAUUAAGAAAAAAAUAAUGUAGAUUUACAUGAAAUACUGUUAAAGAAAUAAAAUGUGAUUUGACUUUUUUUUUUCAUUUCAAUUGUUAAAAGAUUUCUUUUUUUGUUUUACUUAACUUGAUGGUUUCUGGAUCAAAAUGACUGUUAAAACAAGGAAACAAUAAAAUAAUCAUGAAAAUA